UCUUAUUUUUUUUUAUUUUCUGUAUUUAUUUUAUUUUUAAUUUUUUGCAGAUUUUUGCUUUAUUUAGCAGCCAAAAUGUCGAUAGCAAACAGGGCGGCGGAGUAUAUGCUCUCAGAUGCUUUAUUGCCGGAGGUCCCCCCAAAUAAAAAAGGCCUCCGCCUGGAGUUACCCCUGGAUCGUAUCCUCAAGAUGGUCUCGGUGGGUCUUCCGCUUUUACUUGUCUCAAUGACGUUUGCCCGGGAGCUGUCUGCAGGGUCACAAAUCCUCUGCUUCCCUCCCAGUAACUACACCGAGAAGCAAGUACAGUACGUGGACAAGCACUGCUGGCAGUCACUGACGCACCACGACUUCACCGCCGACGGGAAACUGUCCGCCACAUCCCUGUGGAUCCAUAAGGUGUUCCCGUUCAUGCUGAUGGUCAUCGCCGUGGUGAUGUAUAUUCCGGUCGCGCUGUGGAAAUAUAUUUCCAAGUCUGCAUUAUACCCAGAUCUCCUUUUUAUUAUCGAUGAGCUCGACAAAUCCUACAACCGAUCCAUCAAACUGGUGCAACAUUUACUGAAGACCCACCGGACCUGCCCCGACCCCCAGCUGUUCUGGGAGGAGCUGAAAAGCGCUCGCCACGUCCGAUACUUCGAAUUCCCCCUGCUGGAGAAAUACCUGACCUGCAAGCAGCGGUCGCACUACAUCGCACUCACCUACAUCCUGCGGAACCUGCUCCUGGUGCUCCUCAUCGUCCUCACCUGCUUCUACCUCGGCUUCUUCCACCUCAACGUCUUCACCCGGGAAGAGUUCACAUGUCACGUGACGCCGGGACACCUGGUAUCCGAGCCGUCCGUAUCCGAAUUCGUCAAGUGCAAGCUGGUGUCGGUGACGGUGUUCCAGGUGAUCAGCGUGGUGACGGCGGUGGUGUACCUGCUCCUGCUCCCCGUCAUACUCUUCAACGUCAGCAAACUCUUCCGCUGGGACAAGCAGUUCCUGAACGUUUACGAGAUGCUCCCGGCCUUCGACCUCCUGACCAACAAGAUGCUGGGCUGCCCGGUCAACGACCUCAACGUCAUCAUCAUGUUCCUCAGAGCCAACAUCUCCGAGCUCAAGUCCUUCGGCCGCCUCAGCGUCCUGUGCACGCUCAAGAAGACCGCCCGCAACCAGGAGAAGAUCGACACCGUGGUGGACUUCAUGACGCUGCUGGUGGGGAUGGAUGAAGACUACGCAGCUCCCGACUUUGCGUCGGGUGAGGAAAACCUGGCGGGAAGUAAGACCCAACCCGCGGCAAAACCAAACAGCUUCGAAAUGGUAAAAAAUGAAGGUAAAAAAUAGAAGAUCUCAUCGGAUGAGCCGCGCUCCCUUCUUCAAGGCCAGUUACUAAGCAAUUCGUUAAGGAGGAGACUGCCGGACACUGAGGGGCCGAUAUGAUCAUGUGACACUGCUGCGGGGAAAACACUUGCCUGUCUAUAGUCACCUGGGACAAGGUCCAUGAAGAGCACAACAUUCUGCAUACAGAAGAUUUAAAGAAAGAGUACCUGUUAUGAUCUUGUUACAUUUUAUAAUCCUCCCAGGUCACUGCCCCCAUCAUGAUGAACCACCCCCUGCAUUUAUUUUUAUUAUUUUUUAAUUUUCUACCUUGAUAUUGCUCUGUAUUUUCUGCUCAGUCUCAGUCAGAUUCACAGACUGGGAAGGGGCGUUCCCCAGCAGGCGUGACAUCAUCUGAAGCCAUACAGGGGAGAACUUCCUCCCUCACUCUGCUACACACAGCCCAGAGCAGUUGUGUGAGAUGAGCUAUGAUUGGCUAAGGCUGCACCCC